UAAAUUGUUUAAAAACAAAGUCAGUUCAAAAUAAACCAGCGGCAAGUGUGGGUCGAACUGAAGACGCUGAAAACUGAAAAUCGGAAACUCGAAAACUGAAAACCGAAAACUGUAACUCGAAAACUGAAAACUGAAGAUGAACAUGUUUUUCGAAAACGCGAAAAAAUGUUUAACUGAUUAGAAAACGAAACCUCUUAAUGACGGGCAAAAAUUCGUAACCCGAAAAGAAUAAAUACACGUGCAAAAAUAAAAACAGACAAAUAAAAAAUAUAAAUUUUUUUUUGAUAAAAGUUUAUUUCAUUAAUCGUAAUUGCAGUGAUAAAAGCGAUUGUUAAGUAAAUUAUCUCAAUCUAAUCAGAUAGAAUUUUUCGCCUCCCGCGCCACUUAACAAGUCAAUGCAAAAGUUCUCAGUUGCAAGUACACAGCAACUUUCUAUACAAAACUGAACUAAAUAAAAAAUAAAGGACCCAAGGAUUCCUGGUCAAGACACAAAAUAAAAGUCGAGUGCGACAGGAAAUCAUAGUAACCGCCACCAGCUGUUCCAAUAAAACGUCACUGAGCAAAUUGCCAUCUUCAUUUGCAAAUAUAAAACCGACAGCAGCGGCAGCGGCAGCGACAGCGGCAGCAGCAGUAGCAGAAACAGUAGCAGAAACAGUAGCAGAAGCAGCAGCAACAAUAAUAACGACAGCAAGAAGAACUGCAUUUACACAAUAAUGACAGGUAAGUUCAGUGUCAUGACAACCAGUUUAACGCAGUUGCCGCCUGUAAAGCAGAAGUUGUUGUUGCUGUUUUUAUUGUGUUUGUGUUAUCAGCAUUUGUGGAAGCUUAAACUUGUAAGCGCGGUAGCUGUAACCAGAAACGACACAGCUCGCCAGUGUACAGUGAAUUUUAAUAAUACCAAAGUAGAAAAGCGCAUUGGUUCGAUCUGGGUUUCGACCACAGAUCCAUGUGCAAUUCAUUCUUGCGAAGAAGAUAACAAUGGACUUGUUCGUGAAUUGAUUACUACUGAGGAUUGCAGUGAGUUCUAUUGUGACGUGGAUUCCGAACCUCAUCCUCAGCCAGGCACUUGUUGUGGCGUUUGUAUGAGAACUAAAUGUCAUUACAAUAACACCAUCUAUGACAUGGGGCAGAUGUGGCAUAAUAAAAAUGAUUGCACGAUUUUGGAAUGCGCCAAGCAACCUGACGGCCAAUCUAAAAUUAACUCAUUUCAGAAAAAUUGUCCCACUUUACCAUUAAAUUGUGCAGCUGAUGAUAUAUACAUAGAAGACUGUUGUAAAGUUUGUCGUUCUAAAGCGAAAGCCAAAAGUUCGUUAAAUAACAAUGAAGAUAGUUGGACAGAAGAGUUUUAUAAAAAUCAUCCGUGCGUACGCGAAUGUCGGCUCAAUGAACCACCAAAAACGUGUCAAUACAAUUUCGUUGUAGAAUGGUAUCAAACAUUAUCAAAAGCUUGCUUUAACUGUCCACAAAAUGCAACAGACUGCCAAAGACCACAUUGCAUUGUUAGCGAUGGUAUAGCUCGUAGCAUAACCAUAGUAAAUCGAAUGAUGCCGGGUCCAGCGAUUGAAGUUUGCGAAAAUGAUAUUAUUGUUGUUGAUGUACAAAAUCAGUUGCUUGGAGAAAGUACAACAAUUCAUUGGCAUGGCUUACAUCAAAAGAGCACACCAUAUAUGGAUGGUGUACCACAUAUAACUCAAUGUCCUAUAUCUCCGCAUUCCACAUUUCGUUAUACUUUUAAAGCGGAUAACUCUGGUACUCACUUUUGGCAUUCUCAUACUGGCAUGCAACGGGGUGAUGGUGUAUUUGGUUCGCUUAUUAUACGUCGUCCACGUAUCACCGAUCCACAUGCUCAUCUUUAUGAUUUCGACCUGUCAGAACAUGUGAUGAUAGUUCAGGAUUGGGUACAUGUACCAGGUGUGGUUAUGUUUGCUGACCACCAUCACUCUCGCGGCGAUAACAAACCUCGCAAUUUGUUGGUAAAUGGACGUGGCCGCUAUUACUACGCUAUAUGGGAUCAAGUAAAAGCUGAACAGAAAAAGAAGAUGAAAAUUGCUUUCGAUGUUAAAAGUGAAACAACAUCAGCACCGCAAAACCCUAAAAGCACAGCAGAAGCAAGCAUUGAAUUAUAUAGUGAAGUAGAAAUAGUAACACCCAUAUAUAAUGGUUCCAAUAAUUACAACAAUAACCGUUAUGAUAUAGGCCUUGUAGAUAGUUUCAAUAUGGAGAACUCAAACCAAACGGAAGAUACAGUUCCUAAAUCAACUUCAUUGUUAUUCAAUCCGCUUAGUAAGCAAACUCAAUUUUUAAAGUUCGCAAACAGCACAAGCACUGACAAUAUAUCCAUAAAUCUCACUACUAAGGUUAAUUCUUCCGAUCAAAAUAAUAAUAAUGAUUCACACAAUCGAACAAAACGUAAUGUUAACGAUAAUAACAUUCCAUUGGACGAAAUUCCUUUACAAAUAUUUAAUGUAAGGCAAGGUUUCCGUUACCGUUUUCGCAUCAUCAAUGCUGAGUUUUUAAAUUGCCCUAUUAUGGUAUCAAUUGACAAUCAUACGUUGUUAGCUAUUAACUCCGAUAGCUAUGACUUUGAACCUAUAGAAGUUGGUUCCAUAGUAACAUAUGCCGGAGAACGUUUUGACUUUAUUGUUCAUGCGAAUCAAACGAUUGGAAACUAUUGGGUGCGUUUUAAGGGUUUAAUGGACUGUAGUGAAAAAUUUACGUCUGCAUUUCAAGUUGCUAUUUUGCGAUAUGAGGGUGCUAAUAAUACAGAACCCUCUGAACAGUUAGGCUACAAUUACAAACCAGAAGGCAUUGAACUAAAUGUUAUGAAUCGAGGUUCUGGCUAUGACGAUUCCUUAACCAUAGCCGAAGUUAAUGGAUUGAAGCAAUAUGACUCAGAACCAGGCGUAAGUCGAGACGCACUCAAACCUGUUGCCGAUUAUAAGUUUUUUGUUUAUUACGAUUUUUAUGCUAAAGAUAAUCCAGUUUAUCACUUGGGCGAUUAUUACGGCAUUGAUGCAAAUCUUACCGACGAGAAUCGUGUAUUCACACCACAGUUAAAUCAUAUAUCUUUAAAGUUUCCGUCUGUAGCUCUGCUUUCAGAACGAUACAAUUUAGACGAUUCAAUCUUUUGCAACGAAUCCAGUUUAGCACAACAAAAUAUCGACUGUAGAGAAGAAUUUUGCAAGUGUCACCACAUGCUGCAGGUGCCUUUGAAAUCUAUUGUAGAAAUAAUUAUCGUUGAUGAGGGCUUCACCUAUGAUGCUAAUCAUCCAUUUCAUUUACAUGGCAAUGCUUUUCGCGUGGUGGGAUUGGAGCGUUUGGGUACUAAUGUAACUAUCGAAAUGGUCAAACAACUUGACCGUUACAAUUUGUUGAAACGAAAUCUGGUGGAUCCACCGGUUAAGGACACAGUAACAAUUCCAGACGGUGGAUACACCAUUAUUCGUUUCGAAGCGUAUAAUCCUGGAUUUUGGCUGUUUCAUUGUCAUAUUGAAUUUCAUGCUGAAAUUGGUAUGGCGCUGAUAUUUAAAGUUGGUAACAAUGAUGAGAUGGAACCAAUACCAAAGAAUUUUCCAAGCUGUCAUGAUUACAUGCCCAAUGCGGAAGAUGAUGACAAUAUAAAAUCUACUACUAAAAAUAACAAAGAGACGACCACUCAAAAACCAAUUGGCGGAAACGACAGCGUUGGAAGAAAUUUCAGUCCAAAAGAAACGCUUGUGGUACUUUUUUCGAUGAUAUUUUGGCACACACUGAUUAAGUUACUAAUAUGCUAGAUUAAUAUAAGUAGAUCUAUAUGUUUAAGAAAAUAUGUUAUGAACGUGAAAAAUUCAGUUAAAAUUAAUUCAAUCGCUUAGUUAUGUGUGAGGCAGUCAUCAAAAGUACUUACGAUUUUUUCACUUACUAU